UCGUCGCAUCCGCCGUCGUAUCAGGAGGAAAAGAGUUUCGAUUUUCGACCCUCGUAGCAAGAGAAUGGGAUCGUCACACAGUGUUUCCGUUCCCGGUGGCGGUACCGAAGGGUAUCACGUUCUGAGGGUGCAGGACAACUCGCCGGGCAAGUCGGCCGGGUUGGAAGCUUUCUUUGAUUUUAUCCUCGCCAUCGGCAACACGCGGCUCGAUCAGGAUAACGACACGCUGAAGGAGCUGCUGAAGGCAAACAUCGACAAGGAGAUCCAGAUGACGGUGUACAGCAGCAAGACGCAGAACAUACGCCUGGUGGACAUUACGCCGAGCAGCACCUGGGGCGGCCAAGGGCUGCUCGGGGUGAGCAUCCGGUUCUGCUCGUUUGAGGGUGCCAACGAGAACGUUUGGCACAUUCUGGAGGUGCACCCAUCGUCUCCAGCCGAAGAGGCCGGUCUGAUACCGUUCACCGACUACAUCAUCGGAGCGGAUUCGAUUCUGCACGAGAGCGAGGAUCUGUUCACGCUAAUCGAGUCACACGAAGGCCGACCCCUGAAGAUGUACGUCUAUAACACCGAUCUCGAUCGUUGCCGCGAAGUAACGAUCACCCCGAACUCGAAGUGGGGCGGUGAAGGAAGUCUGGGAUGUGGCAUCGGGUACGGGUAUCUUCACCGGAUACCGAUCCGUUGGCUGCCGAACGACGGGAAACAAACGGCCACGCGACCCGAUGGUUCCAAGCCUUCCGUUCCUUUUGCACCGCCUCCAGCGGUGAACAGUGCCGGAGUUCCGGCCGCAAAUUACGUAGAUCCUACGAACGCCAAUCGUAACAUGCCGUUCAUACCGAUGGUGCCCCCGUUAGCGAAUACCUUCGCACCGCCACCUUUGAGCAAUGUGGCCAACGAGUUGCUUACCGUUUCGCAGCCGAGCCACACCACGACCACUGCCACGACGGCCACGGGUGGUGAUGCGAGUGGAGUGUUGGUGAAUCAGUUUGCCAAUCUUUCUACCGGCACCGGUGGCAUGACCGAUCAGGUGAACAACAAUGUCGAAACGCAAACGACUCCAACCCAAGCACAUGGCAACAACAAUCUCCAAUCGGUGGGUUACGACGUUGCUUCGCCGCCGAUCCACGUCAGCCCUGUUGUCUACACACCUCCCGGAGGAGCCGGUCAAUUUUCAGUAUCGUCAACCGGCGGUGGUGCAUUUGUGCCGGUGGUACCUCAACCAACGGCAGUUUCAUCGCCCCCACAGGUUCCGCUGGUAAACCUGUCGUACUCAAUGCCACCACAGUCUAGCGCCAACACGGCAAAUCCGUACUCCGCAGCUAGCACUCUGCCGCCACCGUCGACCCUGGCGAGUGAUUUCUAUCAGAUGUACGGCGGACCGGCACCAAACACGAGCGCUGCACCGAGCAAUUAUGCCAUGUCCACUACCAUCGACUUUUUGCAAUCCCAGCAACCGUCACCUUGGUCGCAGCCUCCGAUUCAGAUGUACUCGACAUAUCCGCAGGUGCAACCGCUGCCAGAUCCCUCGCAAUCGCCCUCUCACUCGUUGGCCGGGACCGUCCCAGCGUCAAACCUCUUCCAAAGCAGUGCCGUAACGACACCCAUUUCCCUGCCCGGCAUGCCACCGAUCACGGUGAGUGCCACGAUCCAACCGGAAGCCCUCCGAGGGUUACAGUUCACCAAUGCACCGAUCGCGGCCGCCGGCCAUCAACAGCAAUAAUAUUUCGGCUCGGUGCUAAAUCCGGUUGUCCGGCGUUAACAAUGGAAUUUGGGCACUCUGGCUCCCUACUUUUCUUCAGGCUGUAAAUAGCGUUACCGUUACCCUUUCACAAGAAACCUACUUUUAUUCCUUCACGGGUGCGUCUAACGGGCAUUUGAUGGCAAGAGCCUUUGCCAGCCCUAUUUGGUGCAUCUUUUUUGGUACGACUCGAAGGAAGUCAAAACGGAGUACUGCUUUUGUCUUGCACCUUUACAUUAUUCUUA